AUGGCCGACUAUUCGCAAUACCAAGGACCCAAUCCCGAGUGGGAGGAAUUCGUGCGAGUGACCAAUAUCCCUCCCGCGGGGCUGGCACCGGGGCAGACUCCGGCAGACCUCAGGAGGGCAACGAACGCGGGCAGGGUGACAGCAUCCAAGACAGUCCUCGAGGCAUCAGGACUCUUGGAUAAAGUGAGCUGGCAUGACGCCGAUAUUCCUACACAGGAUCACUCCACUGUACCAGCCCGCAUCUACAAACCUAAGGGUAUCGAUUCGUCCACGACGGGGCCGCUGCCAGUCUACCUGUUCUUCCAUGGCGGCGGCUACCUCUUCGGCAGCCUCGACACUGAGGACGCCGCCUGUGCCCGCGUAGUUGCCAUGUCCCCUAACCCCGUUAUCGUCGUACACGUCAACUACCGCCACACACCGGACUUCCGGUAUCCAACCCAGCACAACGACGCAUGGGACGCGUUUCUCUGGCUCGGCAAGAACAUCGCUUCCAUCGGUGGCGAUCCCAAGAAGGUGAUUGUGGGCGGCAUCUCCGCUGGAGGCGGCCUCACAGCAGCUGUUGUGCUCCGAGCAGCACAAGAUCUCAACAGUGGUGACACCAACUUGACAAUCAUCGGCCAACUGCUUCUCAUCCCGUGGAUCCUGCACCCCAAGGCGUAUCCGUUCGAGCAGUUGGCCUCUAAGGAGAGGUCCAGUUGGUGGCAGAACGAGCAUGCCCCCGUGCUCCCGCACACGCAGAUCAACAUGUUCCUCGACGUCUGGGACAGCGCCGACACGGACCCGACGGACAUAUUUCUCAGCCCAGUGCUGGCCCCGGACGACAAGGUCAAGGGCAUACCCAAGACCGUCGUCGUGGCUGCGGGGAUGGACCCUUUGCGGGAUGAAGCGCUCUUGUACGCUGACAAGCUGAAGAGGAAUGGGGUACCAACCAAAGUCCACGUCUUUCCCGGCCUGCCACACGGCUUCAGGCGGUUCGAAACUCUCAAGGCCAGUAGGCGGUGGGAUGAAGUCAUCGUCGAAGGGAUCCAGUGGUGCUUGUCCGAUAACCGCGAGAGCUCAACCAAGGUCGAGCUGUGA